CAAAGGACACACACAGGAGAGAAACCAUUUAAAUGCAUGGAGUGUGGGAAGAGCUUCAGUGACAGUGGAAAAUGUAGAAUUCAUCAACGGACUCACACGGGGGAGAAACCAUUUAAAUGCAUGGUGUGUGGAAAGAGCUUCAGCCACAAUGGAACCCUUAGAAAUCACCAACGGAAUCACACAGGGGAGAAACCGUUUAAAUGCAUGGAGUGUGGGAAGAGCUUCAUUAACAGUGGAACACUUAGAAUACAUGAACGGACUCACACAGGGGAGAAACCAUUUACAUGCAUGGAGUGUGGGAAGAGCUUCACUGAUAGUGGAACACUUAGAAUUCAUCAACGGACUCACACAGGUGAGAAACCAUUUAAAUGCAUGGAGUGCGGAAAGAGCUUCACUGAUAGGGGACAACUUAGAAUUCAUCAACGGACUCACACAGGUGAGAAACCAUUUAAAUGCAUGGAGUGCGGAAAGAGCUUCACUGAUAGGAGACAACUUAGAAUUCAUCAACGGACUCACACAGGUGAGAAACCAUUUAAAUGUAUGGAGUGUGGAAAGAGCUUCAGUCAGAGUGGACACCUUAGAAUUCAUCAACGGAGUCACACAGGUGAGAAACCAUUUAAAUGUAUGGAAUGUGGAAAGUACUUCAGUCAGAGUGCACACCUUAAAAGUCAUCAACGGACUCACACGGGGGAGAAACCAUUUAAAUGUAUGGAGUGUGGAAAGUACUUCAGUCAGAGUGGAAACCUUAGAAGACAUAAACAGACUCACACACAUGAGAAACCAUUUAAAUGUAUGGAGUGUGGAAAGGGCUUCAGUACUAGUGGAACACUAAGACUACAUCAACGGACUCACACAGGGGAGAAACCAUUUAAAUGUAUGGAGUGUGGAAAGAGCUUCAGUCAGAGUGGACACCUUAGAACACAUCAACGGACUCACACUGGGGAGAAACCAUUUAAAUGUAUGGAGUGUGGAAAGAGCUUCACUUAUAGUGGAGACCUUAGAAUUCAUCAACGGACUCACACAGGGGAGAAACCAUUUAAAUGUAUGGAGUGUGGAAAGAGCUUCAGUCAGAGUGGACACCUUAGAAUUCAUCAACGGAGUCACACAGGUGAGAAACCAUUCAAAUGUAUGGAGUGUGGAAAGAGAUUCACUAAUAGUGGAGCCCUUAGAAUUCAUCAACGGACUCACAAAGGGGAGAAACCAUUUAAAUGCAUGGAGUGUGGAAAUUGCUUCACUAGGAGUAGAAAUCUUAGAAUUCAUCAACGGAUUCACACAGGAGAGAAACUAUUUAAAUGUAUGGAGUGUGGAAAGAGAUUCACUAAUAGUGGAACACUAAGACUACAUCAACGUAAUCACACAGGGGAGAAACCAUUUAAAUGUAUGGAGUGUGGAAAGAGCUUCAGUCAGAGUGGACACCUUAGAAUUCAUCAACGGACUCACACAGGUGAAAAACCAUUUAAAUGUAUGGAGUGUGGAAAGAGCUACAGUCAGAGUGGACACCUUAGAAUUCAUCAACGGACUCACACAGGUGAAAAACCAUUUAAAUGUAUGGAGUGUGGAAAGAGCUACAGUCAGAGUGGACACCUUAGAAUUCAUCAACGGACUCACACAGGUGAAAAAUCAUUUAAAUGUAUGGAGUGUGAAAAGAGCUUCAGUCAGAGUGGAGACCUUAGAAUUCAUCAACGCACUCACACAGGUGAGAAACCAUUUAAAUGUAUGGAGUGUGGAAAGAGCUUCACUGAUAGUGGAGCCCUUAGAAAACAUCAAUGGACUCACACAGGUGAGAAACCAUUUAAAUGUAUGGAGUGUGGAAGGAGUUUCAGUACAAGUGGAGUUCUUACAAAACAUCAACAAACUCAUACAGGGGAGAAACCAUGAAAGUGCUAGGGAAGUGGAUAGAGGUUGUAGUGGAAGUCUUACAAAUCAUCAAAAGACUCGGAUAAUCUACAAUUCAUCAAGUAACUCCAAGAAGAGAAACGGUUUAAAUUGAGGGAAUGUGGAAUCUGCUUUGGUUAUUAUGGAAUGUUUUUUCCAAAACAUAUACCGACUUCCAUUGGGUGGAACCAUUUAGAGUGCAGAACCUGUUUUUCUCCGAGUUGACAGGAAAUCAGUUUUAAAUGCAUGCAGCCUAUAUGAGCCUUUGUUGUUUGUAUGUAACGUUUUUCUAGAAAUGUAUUUAAAGUAAUGAAGGUAAAAUUUCACAAU